CUCUGAUGGGGGGCCCUCAUUGGAAGCGAUUGGAAAUGAGGGCGGCCGAGUGAACCGAGCUGCGGCGACAGACGACAACUGAUCUUUCCACCACUGCUCAAGAGCCGCAUCAUCCGCAGACCUCGUGCCAGCUGAUACGUCCCAGGCGCAAAGAAGAGGGAUCCAACCAUUGUACCAGCGGCCUGCUUGUCCUGCGUGAACAAUCGUUGGAGCAGGAAAGGGUGGCCUGUUUUUUUCUUCCCCGCCGCCGAUUUUUUUUCUCUGCCUCGCCAUCGCGUCAUAAGCUCUCCCGCCGCUUCCGCCUCCCGCCCUUUGGGGGCGCCCUCUUCCGCCACGUCCGAUCGCACACACCGGGACACACACACACACACACACCAGCACACAAUGUCGAGGCUAGUGCGGUUACCACCGACGGGGCAGCUGGCCCGCCUGGCGUCAUCGUCCCUGCGCGCCGCCGCCGCUGCCCCCGCCCCGAGGCCGAGCUUCCACGCCAUCCGCCUGCCCCGGGUAACGGCCGUCCUCGCGGCACAGGGAGGGUCGUCGCGGGCCUGGUCGCCGCCGAGCCUGUUCCCGCGCCACUUCAGUCACCAAGCGCCGCUGGCCGCCCGCAAGCGCCCAAACGAGUCCGCGCCCCGCGGCAAGGAGGACCCUGGCAGCAGCAGCAGCAGCAGCAGGAGCACAGAGACGGAAAAGUCGACCGAGCCCGAGUCCGAACCCUCGGAAGGGCCCUCGGAAGGGCCCUCGGAGCCGCCACCGCCGCAGCCGCUGGAGCCGGGCUGGGUCCUGCUGAGCAAAGAUGAGCUUGAGCACCUGCCCGAGGUGGUGGAGAGGUUGCUGAAGCCACGAGGCCUGGAAUACAUGUACACGGAUGCGACGGUCCUGAAGGCUGAGGUGAUAAUCGAGGACAUAAAACAACACGGCGUCCCGCCAGAGAUGUACGAGACCCUCAGUCCGGUCCUCAAGGACGGCCAAUACAGCAUCUUCAGCAUGCCGGGGCUGUUCCUCUGCUUCGCGCAGUACGGGGCUACGAUGGCGCAACGUCGCGGCGCGAGCGAGGAGGGCGCAGUGAACUCGAGGCGGCCCAAGGAGGGAGAGGAGGAGGAGGAAGGAAAAGAGGGGUCGGAGAAGAGCGGCGACAAGCGGUCGAGGAAACCCCGCGGACAGGACCGGGAGCCGGCGUCUGGUAAGGGCCGGGGCCCGCCGCCAAAGGGUCAGGGCAAAGAUGGAAGUGGCGAGCAGGGCGGCGAAGGCUUCGGCUUCAGCUUCAACCUGCGCUCGCCCGACAACAUGACCGUCUUCGCCCUGGCCGUCGUGCUCAACAUCAUGUACUUUUGGUUCUGGGAUAACCCGUCGCGCGAGGUGACGUGGCAGGAGGUGUGCACCAAGUACCUCGAGAAGGGCCUGGUGGAGAAGUUUGUGGUGGACGGGCACACGGUGCAGGUGCAGCUGAACCGCGAGGCGGUGCGGUCCGUGUACGGCGACGAGGCGGCCCGCGGGCCGAUGCUCUACUUCUCCAUCGGGUCGGCCGACUCGUUCGAGCGCAAGCUCGAGGCGGUGCAGGACGAGCUCAAGAUCCCGACGUCGGAGCGCAUCCCCAUCAGCUACAGCCAGCCAGGCAUCCUGGGCACCCUCCUGGUCAGCUUCGGGCCGACGCUACUGCUCGUCGGCCUGCUGACGUACGCGGCCAGGGGCAGGGGCGGGGCCGGCGGCAUGGGCGGGCCCUUUGGCAUGGGCAAGAGCCGGGCCAAGCGCUUCAACCACGAGUCGGCCGUCAGGGUCAAGUUCUCGGACGUGGCGGGCAUGGACGAGGCCAAGCUGGAGAUUGUCGAGUUCGUCAGCUUCCUCAAGACGCCCGAGAAGUUUGAGAAGCUCGGGGCCAAGAUCCCGCGCGGUGCCAUCCUGUCGGGACCUCCCGGCACGGGCAAGACGCUGCUGGCCAAGGCGACGGCGGGCGAGUCGGCCGUGCCCUUCUUCAGCGUCAGCGGGUCCGAGUUCGUCGAGAUGUUUGUGGGCGUGGGCGCGUCGCGGGUGCGGGACCUGUUCGCCGAGGCGCGCAAGAACGCGCCGUGCAUCAUCUUUAUCGACGAGAUCGACGCCAUCGGCAAGUCGCGCGACUCGGGCCACCGGUUCGGCGGCAACGACGAGCGCGAGGCCACGCUCAACCAGAUCCUGACCGAGAUGGACGGCUUCAACACGCAGGAGCAGGUCGUGGUGCUCGCCGGCACGAACCGCCCGGACAUCUUGGACAAGGCCCUGAUGCGGCCCGGCCGCUUCGACCGCCACAUCCACAUCGAUCGUCCCACCAUGAAGGGCCGCGCCGACAUCUUCAAGGUGCACCUGGCCAAGAUCCACACCAAGGAGGAUAUGGAGUAUCUCUGCGGCAGGCUCUCGGCCCUGACGCCGGGCUUUGCGGGUGCCGACAUUGCCAAUGUCGUCAACGAGGCUGCGUUGGUUGCCGCAAGAGCAAACGCCGAUAGCGUGACCAUGAUCCACUUUGAGCAAGCAAUCGAGAGGGUCAUCGGCGGCCUCGAGCGCAAGUCGCUUGUGCUCAGCCCCGAGGAGAAGCGCACGGUGGCCUACCACGAGGCCGGCCACGCCGUCUGCGGCUGGUUCUUCCAGUGGGCUGACCCGCUCCUCAAGGUGUCCAUCAUCCCUCGCGGCCAGGGCGCGCUGGGGUACGCGCAGUACCUCCCGGCCGGCGAUGCGUACCUGAUGAACGUUAACCAGCUCAUGGACCGCAUGGCCAUGACGCUGGGCGGGCGCGUGUCGGAGGAGCUCCACUUCCCGAGCGUCACGACGGGCGCCAGCGACGACUUCAAGAAGGUGACGCAGAUGGCGACCACCAUGGUGACGCAGUGGGGCAUGAGCGACAAGCUGGGCCCGCUGCACUUCAACCAGGACCAGAACCAGGUGCAGAAGCCGUUCGCCGAGUCGACGGCGCAGACGAUCGACGCCGAGGUGCGGCGCAUCGUGGACCAGGCCUACAAGCAGUGCCGCGACCUGCUGACACUGCGCAAGAAGGAGGUGGGCAUCGUGGCCGAGGAGCUGCUGCGCAAGGAGCAGCUGUCGCGUGACGACAUUGUGCGCCUGCUGGGGCCCAGGCCCUUCUCGGACCGGGACGAGUUCACAAAGUACUUCAACAACGACAGGCCGGGCGCCGCGGGGAACCUGGCCCCGCCGCCGUUCCCGUCCGAGAGGGACGACGCGCCGCCGCCGACGCCGCCCACGGCCGAGAGCGGGCCGCCGCUGCCCCCCAAGCAGCCCGAGGCCUUUAGGGGGCUACUGCUCGACGGGCCCGAGUGGAGGAGGUGACGGGCGGGGGGUCGGGGGUAGCGGGCACGUCCCUUGUAUCGAUAGCAUGAACAUGUGUUAUAUUUAUAUACCUCGAAAGGCGAUUUUUCGUUUUCUGAUUCUCCUGUUCAUAUCAAAAUGGCCAGUCGGCGGGCUAGGCUGGACAGCGUCUCGUCGCAUUUUUUUUUAGACAGGGUUGGGAUUUUUCUUUUGCGGACUUUUAGAUGUGGAUGGAUGGCCGUUCUGGGUUCGACCCUCGUCACUCCCACGGCAUUUCCCUCUCUCCUCUCCCCGUAUUUUGGUGAUGGGCCUUAUCCCUAGAGUUGCGGAUGGGGGCCUGGCAGGUAGCGAAAAUCUUGACGGACGGAUUUGUGCCGUUUGUCUUUGUGUUGAUGUGUCAGUGUGCUGUUGGAUUGGGAAGAUGGGUGGCGGGGAGUGAACUGGAACGGGUGAAUACGAAGGGGUGUGGUAGCUAUUCAAGAAAGAGGAGAAAAUGUAGAGUAGGAUUGAUAAGUAAAAAUAACAAACGUGCUGGGUAUGGGGUGUCCAUCGACCGGUAUGGGUAAAGGAUGUCGAAUUUAAAUCAUGG